AUGGGAAAUUAUGAAAUUAAAAUACAUGGUGAAAAGGUUAAGGUUAGUCUAGUCGACAAUACUGCUAUUGUUGGUGCUAAGAUAGAUGAGUUAAAAUCUUUGUUACAAACUCAACAAAAUCCUAUUGUUGGAUUGGACUUGAAGUUUGUAAAGACAAAAGAAAAUUCAUAUAAAGGAAAGAUUUUGGUAUUGUGUGUUGGGACUCGUUGCUUGAUAAUCCAAUUACAGGGCUGCUUGAUCUCUUUCCCUAGAACCAUUGCGCAGUUUCCGUCUGAUGAGACUUUUUGUUAUCUGGGAACCGGAAUGAGUGAAAUUGUUCAAGAGCUAUACCGCCACAAAUAUUAUCUAAGCGGUACAGGAUUGGUACCUGUAAAUUGUACAACGGGUGUUGAAAUCGGCUAUUUGGCUGCUAAAGUUCUGAAGAAAGCCAACAUCGAGAAGUCUAAUUUAGUAUCCUUGGCAGAAGAAGUUGGAAUGGAUAUAAAGGAGCCAGUCAGCCGAUGUCCUGAUUGGAGUGCUAUAGUGUUCUCAGAUGAAGUGAUCAAGUAUGCAGUAUACAAUGCCUAUACUUCCUAUGUUAUUGGGAACAAGCUCUUGGGUAUGCUCUGA